AUGCAAAUUUCUAAAGAGAAAAGAAUGGGAGCAAUGCUGACAAUUUUGUCUGUUGUAGAUUUUGGAUAUUGUUUUGAUAAUAUUACAUAUAUCACUCUAAUACUUUCUUGCGUACUUAUUUUAUGUAGUAUUGGUACUUAUAUUAUUCAAUAUUAGUCAGUGUGUUAUUCGCUAAUAAAAAAUUUUUAUCACUAAUAAUAAUCACUAUGUAUUAUGGAAAGGAAUUAACAUUAUAUGGACCAACUCUGACAUGGCCAGUAUUAUAUCUUUUUAAACUUAUUGGAUCUCAAAAAUGCAUUUUUUUAUUAUUAUUUUCUAACCAAAUAGUAUUCAAUUAUCUCGAUUCGUUAUGGGUUUAUAAUAUCAAAAGGAAGGAUCAUUAUUGCAUAUAAUUAACAUUCAUAUUAUUAUUUGAAGGUUAUUCCCAAUAUGUUAAAUAGAAAACUUAUUACCAAUGCAUACGUCUAUUGAUAAAGUAAUUUAAACAAGAAUUCGUUCUUUAAAUUUUUGAUUUAAAUUAAAGGAAUAUCACUGAAAAUGCUCAUUGUUUACCAAUUACAAAUAGGCUAUAAACGGAAAACACUUUAAUCGGAAGUCCUAGAGGGGAUAAAAUUAAUUUAAUUUAAGAUGAUAAGGACAUUCAUUAUAAAUUAUUCUUAAAUAAUGACUUAGGUUUUUCAAUAGAGUUAAACUAAUAACCAAUUUAAUAAUAAGUAACUUUUAGGUCAACUAAAGAAUUAUUAUAAUUCUUAUAAAAAAAUAACAAUUAUUUUAUACUAGCAAUUUAAAAUGAUCCACUUCUAAAUGCCAAAUUUUAAUAUUAAGUUAGAUACUUUUAAUUUAAAAAUUAACAAAUUUUGGCAUUUUAAAAAAUAGAUAAUUGUUUAUUUGCCAGAUAAAAUUAAAAGAUAUUAAAAUACAAACAAAACCUUAUUAACAUUUUUAAUCAUAAAUUAAAAACUCCUCUUAAUAGUGCUAUAGGACAUCUCAUUACUGCACAAGAAGAUAAUUAAAUUAUUGACUAAAUUAAAAAGUUAUACUUGUAACCAGCCCUUUUGAAUUGCAGAUUACAACUAUACUUAGUUUAAGAUAUUUUAGAUUAUUUAUCUAUUGAAAUUGAAUAAUUACCUUUGAUGAACAAUAAAACUAAUUUGAAAACUUUAUUAUUAGAAGUUUAUGAUCUAAUAGAAUUUUAGUGUAAAUUGAAAAACAUAAAUAUAUUAUUUAAGAUAAAUAAUGAAAACUUUAAAAAAAUAGAGACUAAAUCAUUAUUUGUUUAUACUGAUUCGAAUAAAUUGAUCAGAGUAUUGUUGAAUAUUUUAAAUAACUCUUAUAGAUUUACAGACGAAGGAGGUUGUAUCGUUUUGGAAAUUAGAUUGGAUUAGAUGAAUAAGAUUACUUAUUUUUCAAUAACCGAUAGUGGAUAAGGUAUGGAUGAAGAAUAAAUAAAGAAAUUAAAUUGCUAAUUGAAAUCUUUUGACAGCACAACCUUUAACAAAUUUUAUAAAUAAUAAGACAAUAAUCGCACAAUAAAAUUAGGAUUAAGUCUAUUUCUAGCUAAUAAACUUAUAAAAUUAUUGAGUGGAGAUAGCAGUUGCUUGUAAUUAAGGGUAUAUAAUAAUUAAUUACUCUUUACAUUUUCAAUUAGUGAUAUUCAUGAAAUCUAAUCAGCAAGUUCCCUUGGAAAAUCUAAACACAAUAGUUUUGUAAAAUAGAAAUCCUUAAGAGGGUUAAACAAUAUUCAAUUUAAUAGUUAAUCUAGCCCUAGAAUUUCGAAGUUUAAGUAAUGUUCAUAAAGAUAAAUUGACCUUAAGAAUUAUAAUUCUUUACGAUUAAUUUAUUAGUCUGAUAUUCAUAAUGAACCAUAACCUUAGAUUCCUAAUAGGAUUGCAAUUCAUCAAAACAAUCAAAAAUUUCAUCAUUAAAGAUAAAGAAUGAAAACAAAAAAAAGAUCUUUGGAUUAUUAAUUUAGAUCUAGGGCAACAAGUUUCAGAACUCAUCAAAUUGAAUAAAUUAUUCGGCCAGAAUAAAUGUAGUAAUAAUAACAUUUAAUUUAAAAUGAAGAAUUUAUUUUGAUAGUUGAUGAUGAACCUUUUAAUCAUGAAACUUUAUGUAUGAUGCUAAAAAAUAUGGGAUUUAAAAAAUUUUUAAAAGCCUUUAAUGGUUAACAGUGUCUUGAUAUUGUACUAGAAAAUCAUAAUAAAAUAUAUAUGAUUAUGAUGGAUAUUGAUAUGCCAAUAAUGAAUGGAAUUGAUGCAACAAAACAAUUAGAAGGUUUAAUAAGUAAUAAUACGAUAUGUUACAUUCCAAUAAUAGGAUGCACAGCUCAUGAAGACUAUGAAUCUCAUUUAUAAUGCUUUGACGCGGGAAUGAUACAUGUAGUUGUUAAACCUGUAUUUAUAAAAUCAAUUUAAGAGGCUAUUAAUAAAAUCUCUGAACUCAAAUCAAAUGAAACUAUUAAAGAAGACACAUCAUCUGAUGUUAUCAAUAGAAUACAAUCUUAAUCUUUUUGCUCUCAAUGA